UGAAGAAAAUCCUAUCAACCGUGGCAGUCAGUCAACGCAUUCGGUGGACAGAGUCGGGGUUACCAAAGAGCUUCAGUGCUGUACGAGGCUCGGCAGAAGUGAGAAGGCUCCAGUCAGCUCUCUUUGGUCAUAGAAGAUGAAACCCUGGGGACGGAGCGAGUACUGGGGGCUGGGGGCCGAAUACGACCCCGAUUGGGUCCUGACGGAGGCUCAGAAGCAGCUGCGCGCGGAACUCAUCGAAUUGUGUCGGACCAAGAUACGACCCCGGGCGCCCCACUUCGACCGCACGUACGAGUACCCGAGGGCGUCCAUGAACGACCUCGCCGAGCUGAGACUGCUAGGUCUUCAGGUGCCGGAGGAGCUGGGUGGUCGAGGAGAGAACCACGUGUGUGUGAGCAUGGUAGCUGAGACCAUUGCCCGCUACGGAUGCCCUUCUACCGCUAUGGUCUACUGCAUGCACCAAGCGGCAGUCACAACGAUGCUGUUCCGACACCACAGCAACCCCCGAAUUCGCGAUUUGCUCUCCCGACUCGACAAGGAGAGACUGGUCGGCACUGUGGUGUUCUCCGACCCUGCCACUGGAACCCACUUCUGGUACCCUCUGUCCUCGAAGGUGCGCCAGAUAGACGAAGACACGGUGCAGAUGCUGAAGGUGGCUUCUUGGGCGACGAGUGCAGGUCUGGCCGACUGGUACUCCGUGCAGACAGUGAGUCCUCAGCCUGGCCACUCCACUUACUCCAAUCUCUCCAUCUUCCUCGUGUUUAAGGACGAGGUGCGAGCGUCGACGGACAACUGGAGCGCCAUGGGGAUGCACGGGAACCAGUCGGGGCCCCUGGUCGUCGAAGGGAAGUUCCCCCUCGACAGGAUGGUCGGCCCGGCAGGAGACGGAGGGAAGAGCAACGACGAAUGCGGCAUCGUUUUACUUCACCAGCCUUGCCUCAGCGUGGAACGGCAUCGCCCUCGCUUGCCUCGACGUCGCCAAGAAACACGUGACCCGGAAGGCGCACGCAGACAUGGGCAUGCGCGUGUGCGACUACCCGACUGUGCAGGAUUAUUUCGGCGAGUGCAUCAUCAACACCAACGCAUCGAGGGGUCUGUUGCUCCUCCUGUUGCAAGCGGUGGAUGCUGCAACUCGGAACAACAAAUGGGCGCUGCAUUCGGACCUCUCGUUCUUGCCGAGGACAAAGUUUCAGCACUGGCUUUGGCAAGCUAAGUUUACCGCAGCGAAAAACGUCGUGAAGGUGUCAGACAAAAUGCUGUUCGCCUGCGGUGGUUCCGGGUACAGGACGGAACUGGGUCUCGAAAGACUACUUCGGGACGGAAAGUCAGGAUGGGUAAUGGGCCCGACUAACGAGGUAAUUCGGCAGUUAGUCGGCAAGUCGCGCUCAACGAGAUUCUUCUUUGGACCCUUG